CCGCCCUCGGCUGCUGCUGCGGCUGCUUGCUUCUUUCAGGGCGAUUUUGAACGAGCGCGCUUCCGCCAUCUUCCCUCACAGCCCGCCCGUCCGCUCGCUUUUCCCUUCAGUCACAGCGGCAGCCGCAAGCGGAGAAGGAAGGAAGGCAAAGCAGCGGACGAGAAAAGACGCAGCAUGGCCGCCCCACAAGGAGAACCCCAAGUGCAGUUUAAGCUUGUUUUGGUUGGUGAUGGUGGUACUGGUAAAACAACAUUUGUGAAACGCCACUUGACUGGUGAAUUUGAGAAGAAGUAUGUAGCUACUCUUGGAGUUGAAGUUCAUCCUCUGGUGUUCCACACUAACAGAGGUCCCAUUAAAUUUAAUGUAUGGGAUACAGCUGGUCAAGAAAAGUUUGGAGGUCUGCGGGAUGGUUACUACAUUCAAGCUCAAUGUGCCAUCAUAAUGUUUGAUGUAACAUCAAGGGUUACAUACAAGAAUGUACCCAACUGGCAUAGAGAUCUGGUGCGGGUUUGCGAAAACAUCCCCAUAGUUUUGUGUGGCAACAAAGUGGAUAUCAAGGACAGGAAAGUCAAAGCAAAGUCCAUUGUCUUUCACAGGAAGAAGAACCUGCAGUACUAUGACAUUUCAGCCAAGAGUAACUACAACUUUGAGAAGCCCUUCCUUUGGUUGGCGAGAAAGCUCAUUGGAGAUCCCAACCUGGAAUUUGUUGCCAUGCCUGCUCUUGCGCCCCCAGAAGUUGUUAUGGAUCCAGCAUUGGCAGCACAGUACGAGCAAGAUUUACAGAUUGCUCAGACCACUGCACUGCCAGACGAAGAUGACGACCUGUGAGGGAGAUGAAGCUGGAGCCCAGCGUCAGAAGUCUAGUUUUAUAGGCAACUGUCCUGUGAUGUCAGUGGUGCAACGUGUUUGCCACUUUAUUAUUCUAGCUGACCAGAACAUGUGCUUUAAUCUUUGGGAUGCUGAAAGAGAGAAUGGGGUUUGGCGUGUGAAUGUGGCAGUUAAAAUAAAAUUCCUUCAUUUUUUUGGACCUGCAUAUUUAGCUGUUUUGGACUGCAAAUUUACUCCACAUUUGAGUUACAAAUCUGACUGCUGCAGUCUCAUCACAGUAUUCAGUGGUAAAUCUUGUUUGUUACUGUCAUUCCCAUUCCUUUUUGUUUAGAUCAUAAUAAAGUUGUAUUUCAAAUACCCAA